UCGAAUUGUAUACGGUAUAUAUUUCAGGCCAAUUCAUAUUACGGAUAACAAACGUUUUGAUUUUCUUUGUUAUCAACGAAAUUCUCCUAAAUUGACGUUUAAUAGUGUUUUGACUAGAAUUAGAGAUCAUGGCAGACAAUGAAAGUGUGACAACCUCAUCUCAAGAUCAGCAAGAUGAUCCUUUAUACAACCUUUCUGACGACGAUCUGGCUCAACUGCUUGAGGAUCUCCAGAUUGGCAACAAAGCAUUGCAGAAUGAAACAGAGAUGUUUGAUAAAUACCUCAAGCGUGUGGAGCCCAACAUGGCUGCCAUGGCUACUGUGGCACCUACUCCAAGUCAGUCAACACACGAUACAAGGGUGAUGCGUAAGCGCAGCAAGUCCAAGGGAAGUGGCAUAGACAAACACCUUAAACUUGCCUCCGAACAGAAGUGUGAUAUAGCUCAGAGAGAAAUUGAAGAACUCCGUGAGGAGAUUGAGAAGUUGAAAGAAGAGUCAGAAAAGGUUCUUGAUAAUUACAAGGCUGUAAUGGAGGAAGCAGAUACGAGGUGCGCUGAGCUGAAGAAAUCUCGCUAUGAGUUUGAGCGUGACAUCUUGAAGGGCUCCGUCAAUGACAGAACCAAGAAAGUCGUUGCAGAGAAGGUCAUCCGCUACUAUGAGGACAAGCAACGGUCUAGAGAUGCUCUCAUUGAAAAGCUAAGACUAAAGAAUUCCACAUUGAAAGUCCAGAAGAAGAAACUGCAUCUCCAAUUGAAGCAGAAAGAAGAGAUGGGAGAGGUGCUUCAUGAGGUAGACUUCCAGCAGUUAAAGAUUGAGAACAGUCAAUACCUGGAGAAGAUCGAUGAGAGAAACCAAGAUCUUCUUAGACUCAAACUCAUGGCUGGAAACACAUUGCAAGUCCUCAACUCCUACAAGAAAAAACUUCAGACCCUCACGAUGGAAUCAGACAGAUUAGGAAAUGAAAUUGCAUCCAGAAAUGAACUACUUUCACGAAUUGAUGCUGAAACAGAAACUGUAGAGGAGGAGAGGUCCUCAGCGGAAGAGUUGAACAGAAGGCUUCGACAUCAGCUUGAGGAUUACAAGGUUCCUGAGGUGGUAGAGUAUGUCCAGGAGAAAGCUGAUCUCUAUGAGCUUCAAAAGACGGUCAAGAGCUGGGAGAGGAAAGUCGAAAUUGCAGAAAUGGCCUUGAAGACGCAUCGAAAGACCUGGCAACAGAUGAGAAUGUCCAGCGAACACCAGCAGUGGGGUGUCAUUGCAUAAAGCUGUUCCUAUUCCCUAGGUUAAGAACUAUUGUUAAAAUAAUGACAUGCCCCUGUAUGCUCCUAAACUGGUGGGAUCAGAGGAAUUAAUACCUGGUUCUUCGCUUCACUCUUCCUAUUCAAGGUGUGACAUUUGAUGCAAAUUGGGAACUGGGAAGUGUUUCAUAAAGCAAGUAGUCAGUGAUUUUCACAGACAAUUUUUUUCUGAGCCAAUCAGAUGAAAGGAUUUCAGUAAAAGUAUGAAAUGUUUGUUUCAUGGAAUGCUCACCUGGACUUGAUAUUUAUUGCAGCAUGAAUUGCACCUGUACCACAAGUUUAUAUCCUUCAAUGGGGACAAGAACGAUAAUGUGAAACUAUGUAUAGUGUAUAUAAUAGAUUUAUAUUGUUCAUCAUUGUAGGCUAGGGGUGGUAUUCUAAACAUUGUCUUUUCUCAGAGAUAUGACAGAAUCUCUUUUCUGGUGGAUAUCAUAACUUUUGUCAUUAAAAUUGUCAUGAAUUUUGUAUCUUCUCUUUA